UAAACAAGGAGAGUGUAGCGUAGCUGUUAAUACAUGGUGGUGUUGGUUCUCUCCAUUUGCUCUGGGGUUUGGAGCCUUGGUGGGCUUGAGAUAAUGAACCCCUAAUGUAAGCUGAGGAGGAGGGAUGGAGAGCAGAGAGUGAUUUUUCUGCAGCAACUAAAUCACAUUUAUAUUUGACCCUGGAAACGGUCUAUUUGGUGUUCUUGGCAGCUGAAGGCCAGAAGUCUGCUUCCUUGGAAACAGUAAGGGACAGCAUUCUGCACCCUGCUGAGCUGCUUGGAUGUUUCCUUGGUCUUUGACACCAUGACUAAAAUAUUCAUUGUUUCACAUGGAGGAUCUUCUCGCGUGGGAUAGAGGAGACUGAAAUACUGUUGAAUUAUCCUUAGAGAGAAAAAGGGAAAUGGCUUAAGUGUGAAAAGCGACAAAGGCUGUUCAGUAUUAACUCGGGAUUAAGAUAAGCGUAUUUAAAUAAACACCUGGAACCACAGUAUUAAGUAAAUCAAAGUAUCCUGCUGCACUACGGUAGUAAGACACCACUUUGCCUUGUUGGAGGAAACUGGGGACGUAGGAUCUUAGCCAAAUAUUCAAAAUGGUAAUGCAAAGGUAUCUCCUAACCUAUAUGGGAGUGGUGCUCGCUUUAUACCUUCAUCACCUCGUCAGAGCCAUUGAAGUCCCUCGGGAUCCAAGUAUUCAAGAUAUAUUGCUUCAACCCCCCACUAUUACAAAGCAGUCUGUGAAAAAUUACAUCGUAGAUCCGAGGGAUAACAUAUUUAUUGAGUGUGAAGCAAAAGGCAACCCUGUUCCGACAUUUUCAUGGACACGAAAUGGAAAGUUCUUCAAUGUUGCAAAAGACCCAAGAGUAAGCAUGAGACAUUGGUCGGGUACACUGGCUGUUGACUUCCGUAGUGGCGGAAGGCCAGAAGACUAUGAAGGGGAAUAUCAGUGUUUUGCGCGGAAUGACUUGGGGACUGCCCUCUCCAACAAAAUCUUUCUGCAGGUUUCAAAGUCUCCUUUGUGGCCGAAGGAAAACUUAGACAUUCAAGAGGUUCAUGAAGGUGCUCCGCUUAUCUUGGCAUGCAAUCCACCUCCUGGACUGCCACCUCCUGCUAUCUUCUGGAUGAGCAGCUCCAUGGAGUCAAUCCACCAAGACAAACGGGUCUCCCAAGGCCAGAAUGGUGACUUGUACUUCUCCAAUGUCAUGCAGGAGGAUGCAUUGACCGACUACAGCUGUAAUGCUCGCUUUGCCUUCACCCACACCAUCCAGCAGAAAAACCCUUACACCCUCAAGGUUUUGACCAAGCAUCCCCAUAAUGAAACGUCCUUUCGAAAUCACACUGACAUACACAGGGCCCGAGGUAUCGCAGAAAGGCACCCCAGCUUCAUGUAUCCCACUGGGACCUCAAGCAGUCAAAUGGUACUGAGAGGGGAAGACCUUUUGCUGGAAUGCAUUGCUUCGGGAGUCCCAACACCAGAUAUUGUGUGGCACAAGAAAGGAGGUGAACUCCCAGUACGCAGGUUCAAGCUAGAGAACUUUAGGAAGGCCCUUCAUAUUGCCAACGUUUCUGAGGAAGAUUCUGGGGAGUACUUCUGCUUAGCUUCCAACAAAGUGGGCAUUAGCCGCCAUACAAUCUCGGUGAGAGUGAAGGCUGCUCCUUACUGGUUGGAUGAACCAGAGAACCUAAUUUUGGCUCCUGGGGAAGAUGGAAAACUGGUUUGCCGAGCCAAUGGAAACCCCAAGCCUUCAGUACAGUGGCUGGUAAAUGGAGAACCUAUUGAAGGUUCUCUUCCCAACCCAAGCCGUGAAGUAAAUGGAGACACUGUUAUAUUCCGGGCCACUCAAACUGGCAGCAGCGCUGUUUACCAAUGUAACGCUUCUAAUGAACAUGGGUACCUGCUAGCCAAUGCCUUUGUCAGCGUGUUGGAUGUUGUUCCUCGAAUCCUUGCCCCUCGUAACCAACUGAUCAAAGUGAUACAGAACAAUCGUACUCGCCUUGACUGUCCAUUCUUUGGGUCCCCAAUUCCCACAUUACGAUGGUUUAAGAAUGGCCAGGGAAGCACGCUUGAUGGCGGAAACUAUAGGGUUCAUGAGAAUGGGACUUUAGAAAUUGUCAUGGCUCGAAAAGAAGACCAAGGAACCUACACCUGUGUGGCCACGAAUCUUCUGGGUACAGCAGAAGCACAGGUUCGUUUGGAAGUAAAAGACCCAACUAGGAUCAUAGAUGGACCAAAGGAUGCUGUGCCAAAGAAAGGUACCACGGUUCAUUUAAUAUGCCGGACAAGAUACGACCCCACACUGAGACUUACCGUCACCUGGCUUAAGGAUGAUACACCCCUGUUCCUGGGAAACAGAAUUAAGAAGGAAGAAGACGGCCUGACAAUAUAUGGAGUGGCUGAAAAAGAUCAAGGAUAUUACACCUGUGUAGCUAGCACUGAAUUAGACAGAGACUCUGCCAGAGCCCAUCUCACCGUUCUAGUUCCUACUUCUGUUAACCGUAUGAGCCUCCCCAAAGCCCGUCCAGAACGUCCUCGUGACCUUGAGCUAACAGACCUUGCUGAAAGGAGUGUGCGGUUGACAUGGAUUCCUGGUGAUGAUAACAACAGCCCUAUCACAGAUUACAUUGUGGAAUUUGAGGAAGAUAGAUACCUACCUGGAACUUGGCACAACCAUUCCCGUUACCCAGGAAGCGUGAAUUCUGCCGUCCUUCGCCUCGCACCCUAUGUCAACUACCAGUUCCGAGUAACAGCCGUGAAUGAAGUAGGAAGCAGUUAUCCCAGCCUGCCUUCUGAUCGAUACCAGACGAAUGGAGCACGUCCAGAAUAUAAUCCCACAGGAGUUAAAGGGGCAGGAACAUCAAAAAAUAACAUGGUUAUAUCAUGGACGCCACUAAAUGCAACCCAGGUGUAUGGCCCCCGCCUCAGAUACAUUGUGAAAUGGAGGAGAAAGGACACGCGGGAGAGCUGGAGCAGUGCAACUGUAGAAGGCGACGUCAGCAAAUACACUGUCACUCAGACGCCCAUCUACACACCUUAUGAGAUCAAAGUGCAGGCAGAAAACGAGUAUGGAAAAGCUGCAGAGCCUGAUGUUGUCAUUGGCUACUCUGGGGAAGAUUAUCCCAAGGCUGCUCCCACUGAUAUUAGACUCAAAGUUGUAAACAGCACAGCAAUCCGACUGGACUGGAAUAGAGUGUUCCCGGAUACCAUCCAGGGACAGCUUAAGGAAUACAGAGCCUAUUAUUGGAGAGAAAGUAGUUUGCUGAAGAACCUAUGGGUCUCCAAGAAAAAGCAGUCUGUGGGUUUUGUUGGAGAACGAACAACAUGGGGCAUAGUGUCCCGGCUGUUUCCUUACAGCAACUACAAACUGGAGAUGGUAGUAGUCAAUGGGAGAGGAGAUGGGCCUCGGAGUGAAAUGCUGGAGUUCACAACACCUGAAGGAGUUCCCAGUCCUCCAAAGUAUUUCAGAAUCCGCCAACCAAACCUGGAAACCGUCACUUUGGAAUGGGAGCACCCUGAACAUCCCAAUGGCAUUCUUGUUGGAUACACCCUUAGAUACCAAGCCUUUAACGGAUCCAAAAGUGGCAGAACAAUGGUAGAGAACUUCUCUCCUAAUCAGACAAAGUUUAUACUCCAGAGGACGGACCCCAUAUCACGCUAUAGAUUCAACCUGCGUGGCAGGACACAGAUUGGGGAAGGUGAGCCUUCCACGGGAGAGUCUCCAACGCUGCUGAAUGAAGUACGUCCAACCUCAGUUCAAACGUGGCCGCCUUCAACAACAAUUGAUCAAACUACUACUACAGCCACUACAACUGUGGCCACUACCACCACCACCACUACAGAAGCUGCCACCACAGCCACCACAGAAGCUACAACCACCACCACCACCGAAGCUACAACCACUACAGAAGCUACCACCAUAGAAGCUACCACCAUUACAGAAGCAACUACCUUCACCACAAUUGUUGCUAGCACAAUAGCUACCACAAUAGAGGAUUCUGCUGACAAUGGGAAGCCCAUCUGGGACGUAAAAGCUUCGCCUAACAGUAACUGGGCAACCAUCACGUGGAACCACAACUUUGAUCCUGAAACUGAGUUUGUGGUUGAGUAUAUCAACAGUAACAAAACAGUGAAAUCUUCCAUUGUAAAAACUGAUACGAAGCUGAGUGACCUGACUCCUGGGGAGAAGUACGUAGUGCGGGUUUUUCUCAAAGGGAAUGAUACUGUCACCAGCUCGAACAUAACCUUUGAGACAAGUCCAGCAUAUACUAAGAACCAAGGGGACAUUGCAACUCAGGGUUGGUUUAUUGGACUGAUGUGUGCCAUCGCUCUCCUGGUCCUGAUUUUGCUGAUAGUUUGCUUCAUUAAGAGAAGCAGAGGAGGGAAAUAUCCAGUGCGAGAAAAUAAAGAUGUGCCUCUGGACCCUGAUGACCAGAAGGUAGAUAAUGGGUCGUUCGAUUACAGUGAUGAAGAUAACAAGCCACUACAAGGCAGCCAGACCUCAUUAGAUGGCACAAUAAAGCAACAAGAAAGUGACGACAGCUUGGUGGACUAUGGCGAAGGAGGUGAAGGGCAGUUCAAUGAAGACGGCUCCUUUAUUGGCCAGUACACAGUCAAGAAAGACAAAGAGGAGACAGAAGGCAAUGAGAGCUCAGAAGCCACAUCACCAGUUAAUGCUAUCUACUCCCUGGCAUAACGCAAUACACAGAAACAGCAGCAGCAAAAAGAUGCAGAGUCUGGGUGGGUUGGCAAAGUCACCACCAACACCAGAAAGCAACCAGAGCAGGACAACAGAGACCAAACACAAACCCGACCAGGUGGUCACCAGUGCCAUCAUCUUUUUAGCAAACAAAGCAAAUGGCAUUGAUGGACAGGCUGCUGAAGUGAUUAUACUGCAGCUGAAAUCUGAGCUGACCCACAAGAGACCAGUAGAAGAGCAGGAUGCACAGAUUCUACACCCCAGGCUUCAGACUUGGACUGAAAUAAACACCCCCUAUACCCCCUCUGUCUAAUUUGUGAGAUAAUGCAAUUCCUUUCAUUAAUAAUGUACACAGCUGAGGGUUGGGUUCUAUUUUCUUGGUUUUGUUUUUUAAAAAAUUUAUCAGAAAUACCCAAACAUGGGGGAAAUCUGGAGUGGCGGGUUGAAGGGAUGGAAAGUAUAAUGAAGCCUCCAUCUCUAAAAGCAGCAUGAAACCACAUUGAGGAAUCAAUUAACUACUGGUAAAAAGACAAGCUGUUUUAUAAACAGGAAACCUUCUGCUAAUUCAUUUCUGUUGGCCAUCACUGCUGCCAGCCCCUAGCUUAUAGUCCUCACUCAGUAAGGUGUACAGCACUCCUUCCUAAAAAAUGAAAUGGUACUGCAUUAGGCUUCAGUGUGGAAGCUAGAUGCCUUGGAGGGUGGAUGGGUGUUGCAUUAACCAAAACUGUCUUGGAUCUCAGUGAAUGGUAUACUUCCAAGUAUGGGUUCUGAUGCAAGUGGCAAUGUGAGUUUUCACUCCAGCCAUGCUACGUAGCAUCUUUUUUUUUUCCCCAGAGAAAGGGUUAAAUGGAAACAGCUGCAUCUCUAUGUGAAUCUGGAGCAGGAGAACCGAAUAGUAGGGUUCUUUUCUGGAUAAUUAAUUCAAGGGGUGAGGUUGUUUUGUUGUUUGUUUUUGCUAAAAGCGGUCAUUCUUCCCAAUGCUCACACAUGGUGUAGACUACCAUCCCAUAAACCUGCACGUAGCAGGGAAGGGAGGAAAGGAGACCAGUCUAUGCUCGCCUACUGCUAAUCAGAAAAGGACGGUACCUCCUCAGAAUAAACUAACCUGGCACUGACCUUGCCAGUCACUUCUGUGAAAAGUUCAGGGAUUCCCUGUCCCUAGGUAUGUCUGAUGCAAAAGUACAGAUACACUCAACACAAGCUCGAACUGAUCCCAUCUUUUCACUGUUCCUAUCAUGUACAUAUCACUCAGAGUUACCUUUUCUGGCUUUCAGGGUAAAAGCCACUCCCCACCACAUGCAGGAGCCUCUUAUUCCCCACUCCCUUUUAGUCAAUGAGCCUAAAGGAGGCCUUCAAGUACUAAAUACAGCAGCAGCAUGGAGCUCACUCUAUCUUGUUAGUUACACAUCCAAGGCAGUGCACACAUCCAAGGCACUCAAGUCAAGCUAACUUGCUAACACACAGUAAUCUUGUUUUCCUCAGAUACAGAUUCUGUUGUUACACUGUUCUUCCAUAUAUGCCUUAAACAGCUUCAUGCUUUCCCUGAAGCUUAAUAAACUAUGAAUAUUUACCCAUAGAUUAAGCCCCUGGUGUGAUGGUCUGUAAUCUAUCUGUCCAUGCAGUACAAAUAAGGAGACUUCUGCAGCUUGCCCAGCUUGAGAGAUCAUGGAUCCCUGUAGAAGGUAGCAUUUUAUAAUAUACAGUAUUUUAGUACAAUGCAGUGUGUAUUCUCGUCACUCCCUACACUUCUGAAACCAAAGGUAUUAGAGAUUCAACUCUCGCAGGCGGUUUCACACCUGUAAAAUUACAUUUAGAAAGAAUUUCAGGAGAUCUGUUUCAGCAUCAUGCUAAACUGGAAAUAGGUGUGUUGUGGCUAAAUUUUCAAAUUGGUUUGCUUUAAAUGCACUUAUGGUAACGAGGGCAUUUCUGAAAAAAGGGGAGGGUGCAGAUAAGAGCUUUAGCACAUGCAAAAAGAGGUCCUGGUAUUCUUUGGCCGAUAAAGUCAACAACGGACAUAAUGCACAGUUUUAACUGAGCCAAACCACUUUGUUUCAAGGCUGCUGUGGAGCCAGGAGUCUCAGCGCUUUCCAAAACCAGCAGCUGCGUAAGCAGCAUCCCUGCAUCCAUCCCCAGUCACAAGAGAGAUGAAUGAGGUGACACUGCUUGCGCAGCCCCUGUUUUUUAAAUGCAUCGGGGCUGCCUUCUGGCUCCACUGCAGCCCCGACAGAGCAUUCGGGCUCCAUUAGUCUGUGCAUCAUGCCAGCCAUGCCAGAUUAAGCCCCAAAUGAAAACACGUUGCAUUGCAGACAAAAAGGAUUAGCAGUUAAGUGAAGCAUUUGAAAUGUAUCAAGGCAGACAGAGAAAGUCUGGGAUGGGUAGAGUUUUGUUCUAAACACUGAGUUGGGUGCUCCUGUUUCAACUGAGAUGGGCUAUAGUCUGUUAACAGUGUGGUCAAUAAUACAUCCCCUAGCCCCAGAGUUCUGCAUGCUUAACUGCUUUGAGUUAUAGCACCCUACCCUCCAUGGUGGAUUUGUCCAUUUUUCCCCCCUUUAGCAGGAAGCCACACUCUAGGAUAAAAGAAGGCCCUUAACUUUAAUGAGUUCCUGUGUCAUAGUUCAAAGAGCAAUGCUAGAUGAGCCUUGCCUUGGAAGGCAAGUGGGUAUUUGACAACAUGCUGAAACAUCCCUAGACUUAAGGGAGCAUUCCCACUUCACAGAACUAGGUGGCUUUGGCCUCAUGGUGAGUCACUGGAGAAAAUUAGGCACAUCUUGCCUCUUCUAUGCGAGAUGUGUUAUACCAAAUUUAGUCUCUCAUCUGCACCUAACAGUGCCUGCGAUCACAUUCUGUGUGCUAGACCUGUGCAUUCCACCCCUUCAAGCCUCCCUCAUACUUGAAGAAGACUGGUGAUAAGGAGAGUGCAGUGGGGUUGCCUUUCCAUGGGCAUUUCAGUGGAUCUAGAGAUGCAAUGAAGGAUCUUAAUAAAGGGUAGGAAGUGAUUUUUAAAAAAUCAACAUUUUAAAAAAGAUUAGAUGGCCUUACAUACUUCAAAAGACAGUUCUCUUAACUGCAGCAGACAAGGUUCUGCAUGUAACACUCUCAGCAAAGCCCUUUCUGUCACUAUGAUGCCUUCAUCAGAAAGAUGCCUAAGCCAUAAGCAAAUAUAUUAACAUUUGCCAUUCCAGUCUGUGGAAUUACUCUGCGCUUAAAGGAUGAGAGCUCAAAAGAUACAUAUCAUGUGUUUUAAAAGUCCCAUAUGAUUCAAUAGAGAUAAAAAACAUAUGAGACUGCCUUACAAUAUGAGUCAGAUCAUUGGGCCGCAUAACUCAUUGCUCUCUGCACAGGCUGACAGUGGCUCUCUGGGGAUUCGGGGUCUUUCCCGGCUCUGGCUAGCUGCAGGGGGUGAAACGUAGGACCCUUGGCAUGCAGAGCACAUGUUCUAAUCUUUGAACUAUUGCUUCAUUCUCAAGCACUCUUGGUGAGAUGUUUCUUUAGCAGGCAUGAAAGACUUGGCCAAGGUGACUUCUUUUUGUAAGAUCUGCUUGGGCUCUCUCAUAAGGACUAAAUCAAAUAAAUAGGUUGCUUCCCAGAAGAGUCAUUUAAUUGCUAGCAAGAAACUAACUAAUUUCUUCCUGGAUUCUCUAAAGCAUUCCAGGCAUAAAACUAAAUCUGAGCUUUCCCCAGUAAACCUCUAAAAAAUGUGCACCAAAUUUACACUGCAGUCAUGUGCACACUUACUCAGCCCAAUCGAACACAAUGGAACAAUUAUAGGAUUGGGCUCGGAGCAUCAGUUGCUCUGCAUGGAUCCUAGAAGAGAGGACAGAUGCUUGUGUAGCCUGCAGACAUCUAGUAGACUUCUGAACAAUUAAGUGCAAAUGUAUAGUUUCACUGAUACAUUUGAAAAUGGGGAAAAGAAGCCAGUAUGGUUAGUUCACCCCAGUGCUAAAAAAAUUAGCAUGUGAAGUACAUAUUGAGAUGGCUUUAGGCAAGUUAAGUAAGUACUAAGGAAGCCUUUCUAAAUUAUUGGCAAACUUACUUUAGCAAUAUACUCAUCCGAAUCCCUAUCCAGCAGCAUUAGCACAAUACUCCAUCCUCAAAUAGUGGAUGGGGCUAGCCAUAUACAUGCUCACUGCUUUUUCUUAACUUGAGAAAUUAUGUACUCCAGUACAGGAGCCAAAGGAGAGAGCACUUAACUUUCAGUGAACAACAUAAAAACAAGCUAGACAAAAUGCUGAGACACUAAUACAGAAGGAGGGAGGAGUUUUGCUGGUGUGCCAUUUUAAAAAUGAACACUUCCAUGCUCAUAAGGGAGUAUUCUACAACAAAAACAAAUAAAAAUUUAAAAAUCAUUUGUAAGGAUCCAAAAUGGUGUGGACAUGGAGACAAGGGAAGAGUUCUGUCUUGACAUUAACCACAAUGUAGGCAUUAUCCAGUAGGUAUUCAUAAACCUUGCACAACCAUUUGUCACAUGGCACUAACUGCAACUGGCUUACUUUGCAGAAGCAAAACUGCUGCAUCAUUAUUAUUAUUAUUAUUUAUUUAUUCGAUUUCUAUACCGCCCUUCCAAAAAUGGCUCAGGGCGGUUUACAAAGAGAAAUAACAAACAAAUAAGAUGGCUCCCUAUCCCCAAAGGGCUCACAUUCUAAAAAGAAACAUAAGACACACACGAGCAACAGUCACCGGAAGUACUGUGCUGGGGGUGGAUAGGGCCAGUUACUCUCCCCCUGCUAAAUAAAGAGAAUCACCACGGUAAAAGGUGCCUCUUUGCCCAGCGAUAAAAAUAUUGCAGGUUGAAUCUUGGGGAAAUGCAAGAUCCUUGCACAACAAAUGAACAGAAUAUGGAAAGAAGAACCAAGCAAUUAGCCAAAGGUGACAUAAACUGGCAGUAAUGAGCAGGAUUUAUGUUAUUGGAAAGAUUAAUAUCCUGCCUCAUCUGCAGUGGUUCAAAGGGCUUCCAACAACUAAAACCAUAAUUAAAUCCAAUAAUAAUAUGAAACUUAGCAUAAUGCAAAUUAUAUUAUCGAUUUUAUAGAGAAAAACUUUCAGGCAUCUAUGGUUAUACCAACGUGAACAAGUCCAGUCUCAUUUGAACUUGGAAGCUGACUGGCAUUUGUUUUGGUUAGUACUUACAUAAGAUACAUAGGAAGCUGGUUUAUUCUGAUUCAGACCACUGAUCCACUUAGCUCAGCAUUGUCUGCUUUGGCAGCAGGUCUUCAGGGUUUCAUGCUGGGAUUGAACCUGAGCCUUCUGCAUUCAAACCGACAAUGCCACUGAGCUACAGCCCCAUCCCUAUACUUGGAUGGGAGAAAAGUUUUGAGUGUGAUAUGACAGCAUGUGUUAGGGUGGGAGCAAGUCACAACCUCAAGUAUAAUAGGAUGUUCAUGGACUUGAUGCCAUUCUGCUAGUUUAUUACAUAUGAGGAUCUGAUUGCAUUAUCUAAACAGAGAGGGAGAACUCCCAUAUAUAGAUUGUCCUACUUGAAUUUUGCCCUUCCUCCAAGCAGCUCAGAGCAACAUACAAAGAGUUUCCUCCAUAUCAUGACUGAUGAUAGGCUGGCACUUCAAGAUCAUAUUUGUGUAUCUGGCAGAGAGGCAUUUUCCAACUGAAUUGUUUUCAGCAACAGAUUGAGCACCACACAGGAUAACCACUGACAAAUUAAUAGCACCCUCUGUUCAUGGGGUUAAUCAUAUGAAUAAUUAUUCACUUAAUUGUCCCCUUCAGACUUAAGAAUCAUGGGCAAAGCAAGCAACACAGUCAGGGAAGUGAGCAGCCACUGCUGAAUCAUCAUGGCUCCUAAAUCAAGCCUAGACUGCCAAUUAGGAUAGCUCCUGAGAUUUUAAUACAUAUUGCAUGGGGAUAGCAAAACAGUUCUCCAUGUACCACACUGUCAGCUUAUCAAAGUACACAUAAGAAGCCUGGUCCACUAUGCACCUCACCUGCAGUGAUAAGAUAGGCUAUUUGCAACAGCAGCACAACUCUCUAAAGUUUACUGUUUACAACUACAGAAAUUUAAAUGUCAACUUAUAAGCAUGUCAGUUGCCCUACUGCUCACACCGUAUCUAGUGUUCUAUUCUGUUCUUAACUUGACAGAUACAGAUUGGACCCACACUUUGUGCGCCUUUCCAUGUUCUAGGAAAAUUACAGUCAGAUUCUGAUGUUGUCACCUGGUUCUGUUGCUCUUAAUAAGCUGAGGCAGCAAGUUCAAUACGAGGCAAUCUUCAUGGCUUGAACUAUCAGGAAAUAAAGAUAUGUAAUUUUUUUUCCGUGUGUGGCCUUGGGAGGGAAGUUUAUACCUUCAACUUCUGUAGAAUAUUAGAAUAGGGAAGAGACAGUCUCUACCACAAAAACAGCCAGUAAUUACAAUAAGGCAGUCAGUUGACUGGACGAUAAAGAUAACUGAACCCUGUAAAGAGAUCUCACUGCUGUGAAACAAACGGCAAAAGAAAAUAGUCUAGGAACAUGCUGACAUAUGCCGCCUUUGGACAUCAUGCCGAACGGAGGUGAAUUCACUGGUUUGGCCCCCAUGAUGUCCAGAUUAUCAGAAUCGUGGUUCCCGGAGCCAACCACAGUUCCAAUUUUGCACCCACACCUGGGAAUGAACCCUUGGUCUGAAGUGAGUUUCACUCAAUAGACCGAGGAUCAUUCCCUGCAGUGUGUCUGGAUUGAGAUUCCUCCCUUAACUGGAGUUAGGGGAGGAAGCUCCUCUCAUGGGCUGCCACGCUAUUGGCUGGUGUGGGUUGUCCUUCCAGGGUCGGAGAAAGUCCGCACAGCCAAGCCUGCUGCCGUUGCUGAUCAUCUGAGAGCGUGAGGUGGGGUGAGGGGAGGCAAACUAUGGGUCCAUUGGACCCGCAGUUUGCCAUUAAGUGCAGAGGCAACCACUGUCUUCCCUUCCACUCAAUUUCCACCCUGCAUAAAUGACCCACAGGUCAAUUAGCAUAGUAGAGUCCUGACCCCAGUAACUGAUCUGCCUGUAAUGACCUGGAUCCAUGUGUCUGAAUAAGAUGCACCCCACUACCUGUCAGAAAUAUCCUAGGGGAGUGACAGAAGAGCCGGCCAUUAUUGAUUUCCAUUAGGGCUUAGCCACUUGUUUAUGUGUUUUACCUGACAUAAGACCUAUUGUGGCCUUUUCCCCAUCCCAGCAAGCAGCUGCAGGAAAAGUCUUGCUUUCUCUUCCUGGAAUGCUGCAAAUGUGAAAGGAGUUCCAAGCAUAGUGGUGACUUCAGCCUGUAAAAGAAAAGUGCAUUGCACCAGGCUUAAUUCUAUACUAGCAUCAAAAGAUUUCAGCUAAGCAAUAAUAACCAUAGUAAUAAAAAGUUAAAUCCAUUUCCUUUUAUGCUUUGCAACUCAUCUUAAUAAUGAGAGCCAGCAAGGCUUUUCUGAUCGUUAAGAAGUCCAGAAUGUCAUUUGGCUCUCCAUAUUUCCCAGGAGUGCCCGUCUCUCAAUUGGUCCCUUUCAAAUAAAUAUCAUGCUUUGAUUGUGAUGUCGGAAGGCAGUCUAGGACCCUCAUGUUGAACCUACAGAAGCUGGAGAGGCCUUCCUUUGCACUAGGGAGGCUUUUCAAAUACUUACCCACCAAGAAAUUCUUGGACUGUUUUUGUUUUGUUUGUUUUUAAUUUGUAAAUAUUCACUUACAGCCCAUCUCCCUAAAGCCUCCCUCAUUGUUCUGAUACAUUCUAUGUAUUUAUUUGCCUUCUUUUAAAAGAGAGAGAGAGAGGAAAUAUUGUGUUAAUCUGCUUUCCAAUAGAUGAAUGCAUAUCUGAGGCUGUAAAGAACUAUUUACAGUGAGUAGAUUUACAAACUAUGGAGACAUGUUUAAUAUAUGGACUGCAUGAGCGAUUUGAAAAAGGCCAAAAUAUACAGAAAUGUUUUUUUGAAUCACUGUAAAAAAAAAAAGAUGAUUUUUUUUUGUAUAGAGAACACUAAACAUAAUAAAAAUAUUGUUCAGAAGAGA